CCAGUUUCCAAUUUGGAGGCACCUCGCCAGUUUCCAAUUUGGAAACGGGAGGUUCUCCCCGCCCCGCGGGAAUAGAAGCUUCCGACGAGCAGCUAGCCUCAUUCCUUCCGGGCAGCCCGUCGCCGGGAUCCCGCCGGUGACAAUGGUAAGGUGGCUGCCGCCGCCGCCGCCGCCGCCAUCGGCCGGCGAGCUAGUGUUGGGCCACGACGCCGUCGCGUUGUCCUUCUUCGUGGCGUGCGUGGCCGCCACCGUCGCGCUGACGUCGUCCAUGUGCUCGGCGUGCGGCCGCAAGCCAAAGCCGGCCGCCAAUGCGGACCCGGCCGCGUCGGACCAGCCGGCCGGGACGGGCUCCGUCUCCGGCGGCAGCGAGGAGGCUGCAGGCGCCGGGGAGGGGGAGGAGGAGGUGGUGAGGCUGUCGCCGGAGCUGGCGACGCACGGCGCCAUCGACCCGGUGGCGCUGCCGUCGUCGACGUCGAAGCGGCGGCUGUCCAUCAGCGUGAGCAAGAAACUGAGCAUGAACAUCCCGGACAAGCUGCGGCUGAGCCGGCGGGAGCACAAGGACCACCACCACAAGGUGGAGUCGGAGGACACGCUGUGGAAGAAGGGCAUCAUCCUCGGGGAGAAGUGCAGGAUCCCCGGGGAGCGGGAGACGGAGCUCGGCGACCCCGUCGACCCCGCCGACGAGGUCGCCGCCGGCAGCUUCCGCCGGUCCAGCUACUCCCGGCCCGUGUCGCGGUCGAGCUCGUUCGCCAUGUACCAGCAGCCGCAGCACGACGCCCCCGCCUUGCACGCGUCGGAUUCUUGACAGCCCGAGAGUACGUGUGCGUGUGUACUAGGCGUCAAAGGGGAGAGGGAUGCUACUACGCUAGGGUGAUGUGAAGUGCAUUCAGAUUCGGAUGUAAUUGCUCUAUAAUUUCCUUGUGUCAUCUUAUCUUUGUGAUGAAAGUGUGUGGUCUGGAUGCAUGGACAAUCGCCGAGAAAAAGAUCCCGUUGCGUUUGGAA